AAUCUCACUGCCCAUUCAUGCCUUUUUGUCACAUCCACUGCAGUCCAGAAGGCAGAUACCAGUGGGGAUCCCACGGUGGCUACCAUCAACCAUUCACACUUGUUGCUGAGCCGGCUUCAAGAGCUUCUACUCAACGGGAACACCAGUGACACCACCCUGAGGGUCCACACAGCUGGCUCUGAUGAAAUCAAAGUCUUUCACACCCACCAGCUGAUGCUCAGCUUACAAAGCGAGAUCUUUGAGACUCUGUUGCAGAACCAGACAGUGCUUAACCUGCAUGAGCCACAUGACAAUGUGGCCCUUUUUGAAAAGUUCAUCAGGUAUCUAUAUUGUGGUGAGAUCUCCAUAUUCCUCCACGAAGCCAUCCCACUUCAUCGUCUAGCCAGUAAAUAUCACGUGUCCGGUUUACAGCGAGGGAUAGCUGAAUAUAUGAGAGGCCACUUGGCUAGUGAAUCAAACCAAGGCCAUGUGGUGGGAUGGUACCACUAUGCAGUGGGGAUUGGUGAUGAGGCUCUGCAGGAGAGCUGCCUCCAGUUUCUGGCCUGGAACCUCUCUGCUGUAAUGAGUAGUGCUGAGUGGGCCUCUGUAAGCCUAGAUUUGCUGUUACUAUUGCUUGAAAGAUCUGACCUGGUCCUACAGAGUGAGUUGGAGCUGUACACAGCUGUGGAGAAGUGGAUUGCCACAUACCAGCCUGAGGAACCUGUAGUAGAGAAGAUUCUGAGAUCCCUGCGUUAUCCUAUGAUUUCCCCUAGCCAUCUUUUCCACCUGCAAAAACAGUCUCCAGUGAUGGUGAAACACUACAGCACUGUGCAGGAUUUGCUCUUCCAAGCCUUCCAGUUCCAUUCAGCUUCCCCAAUCCACUUUGCCAAAUACUUUGAUGUCAACUGCAGUAUGUUCCUGCCCCGAAACUACCUCUCCAUGUCUUGGGGGUCACAAUGGGUCAUUAAUAACCCUGCUAGAGAUGACCGUAGUACUAGUUUCCAGACCCAGCUGGGACCCAGCAACCAUGAUUCUGCCAAGAGAGUUACAUGGAAUGUCCUCUUCUCUCCUCGCUGGCUCCCAGUGAGCUUGCGCCCUGUCUAUUCUGACUCUCUCUCUGGGGCCAUCCAGCCCAUCAGAAUUGAGGAUGGACGCCCCCGUCUGGUUAUCACUCCAGCCACAACCAGCUCAGAUUUUGCAGGUGUUAGUUUCCAGAAGACUAUUCUAGUGGGUGUCAGGCAGCAGGGCAAAGUCUUUGUCAAACACACCUACAACUUCCACCAGAGCACAGAUGAAGUGGCUGAUUUCCUGAUAUAUGCUGACUUGCAGAAACGCACCUCUGAAUACCUGAUUGACAACUCUUUGCAUCUGCAUAUCAUUGUCAAGCCUGUCUACCACUCGCUCAUCAAGAUCAAAAAGUAGAAGGGGGAUAGGGGGAGGAGAGACAGCAGGACACAUCAUGGGGAGAGAACCACUGGUUUGAAUUGAAGGGAUGCAAUGACUCUACCACUCAGUAUUUGAGUAUCUGAUGCAGGCUCUGCAUCUUUAAGUCAGAUUGGCCCUAUUGGAGAGGUUCUGAGAAUUCAUUGUGUAAAAAACCCUCCUUUGAAUCUGGGCACUUUGUUUUCUAGAGGCAAUUAAUCAGGGAGUGGAGAAUUCUCUCAUCUGUCUUUCUACUGCUAAAGUUUUAUCUCCCUUCAAUUUUAUUUUAAGAGACUCAGGUAGAGCUGGAGAAUCUCACGGUGCUUUGGAAUAGGUGAUUAUCAAAGAUGCCCCAUAGCAAGACUUUGUCUUCCUCACUUAAUGAGAAGCUUCCUUAUGCUGUGUUUUCCCCAUGAGGUUUUGUUCCCUUGAGAUAAUUGCAAACUGGUACCCUGAAUGAAAAAUCCCCUUGGAGUAAGAUUGAAACUGGUGUCUGGUUGUUCUUAUGUCUACAUCCAGAUCUCCCUUGCUUCCUCUAGUACUUUAGACACCAACUGCAGGGAAUUUCCAGGGAGUUAAUUUGUUAUGUGUGAAUUAGGAUGUAGGUCUCUUAAUCAGUUGAACAUGGUUCUGCAAUAUGAAUUUCUGCUAGUUUUGUGUUAAAACUGUUACUGUUAUCUGGCCU